AUGGCCCGGCCGGACGCCCUCGGCCCCUCCCCGGCCGGCCGUGGGUCUCUGAGGUCCCGGCGCGGCCCGCCGGCUGAGGGCUCGCGGCUCCCAGCCCGUCUCACCCUCCCCCUCCUCUCGGCACAGAACGGUGAGCUGAAGCUGGCCGAUUUCGGCCUGGCGCGCGCGUUCGGCAUCCCGGUCAAGUGUUACUCGGCAGAGGUGGUGACGCUCUGGUACCGGCCGCCCGACGUGCUGUUCGGAGCCAAACUCUACUCGACCAGCAUCGACAUGUGGUCGGCUGGUUGCAUAUUCGCCGAGCUGGCGAACGCGGGCCGUCCGCUGUUCCCGGGCGCGGACGUGGACGACCAGCUGAAGCGGAUCUUCAAGCUGCUGGGCACGCCUACCGAGGAAACGUGGCCGGGUCUGACGGCGCUGCCCGAGUACAAGCCGUUCCCGCUCUACCAGCCCACCAUGCCGCUCUCGCAGGUGGUGCCCAAGCUGAACAGCAAGGCGCGCGACCUGCUCCAGCGGCUGCUGGUCUGUAACCCCUCGCUGCGAAUCAGCGCCGAUGACGCGCUGGCCCACGUCUUCUUCUCUGAUCUCAGCCCGGCCCUGAAGGCGGCCUAAGUCCUGUACCGUCGGCGCCGCCCCCAGGUCAGGUCAGGUCGCCGACACCGCGCGCUAAUUCUACAUAUAUGACUGUAUUCGCCCCCCGCGGGGCACCCAUUUCCGAUGUGAUUGCGUUAUUACGCUGGCUGUUUUAUGUUCGUCUCCUGCCCUCGGUCGGCAGGCGUCCGGUGUCAUGUCGCUCGCAUAUUUGUAGACAUCCUGUACAUGUAAUACAUACUCAGGCGUUUUGCCGGACACUGA